CCCCACACACCACACACCAUUGACGGCAUUGACACUGUUAGCUUGCUGGCGUCUCGUUCCUCGUUCUUGUUUGUUUUGAAUCAGAAAUUGUUACAGGUCACUGCAUUUUCAAGAGGUUGAAUUCAGUGAUUUCGAAUUCUUCGAGUUGUUAAAUCCUGUCUUGACUUACUGUAAAAAUGGCAGGCCCACAAAAUAUGUAUCCUGGCGGAGGCGGCGGCUACCCAAACCCUCAGCAGCAGGGUGGAAUGAGACAACCUUUCCCAGGGGCUGCUGGCAACGUCGGAAUGAUGAGUCCAGCUCAGCAACAAGGAAUGAUGGGUCAGCAGGGCUACGGACAAAUGGGAGCCCAGAUGGGCAACCAAAUGGCUGGACAAAUGGGAAACCAGAUGGGAGGACAGAUCCCCGGCCAGCUGCCUAACCAAAUGCAGCAGAUGCAACAGCAAAUGGGCAUGCAGCCUCAGAUGCAGCCAGGGAUGCCCAUGCAGCAGCAACAGGCCAUGCAACAGCAAAUGCAGCAGAUGCAAAUGGGUCCGCAAGGCAUGCCUGGAGGAGUGAUCGGCCCGCAGCAGAUGCAACAGCAGCAACCGCAGCAGCCCAUGCAGCCGAUGCAAGGGGUGCAGCAGCCGCAGCAACCACCACAGCAGCAGCAGGGCGUCACCACCCCCCAGCAAACUCCACCUCAGGCGCCGACCCCAGCGCAGCAGGGCCAACCCAAAGACGUCAACACGGCCAUGCUGUGUCGUUUGGGCCAAGAAACCGUUCACGACAUUUUGUCGAGAACGCAAGAUGUUUUUAGCUCUCUCAAGUCGGUUUCGCUUCCGAACGGAACACUUCAGGGGCAGACCGCUACCAAUGAAAAAAGAGUCAAAGUUCAGGAACAGUUGAAAGCUUUGAAAGUAUUGUUUAAAAGAUUACGCCUCAUUUAUGAAAAAUGCAACGAAAAUUGCCAAGGCAUGGAGUACACUCACAUAGAGAGCCUCAUUCCUCUCAAAGAUGAAUGGGACAUGAAAUCUGAGGAGAAAAAGACUUCUGAAAUGUACAAACAGAGUUGCGAAGAGCAGAAUGAGGUUAUGGAGCAAGUCGCACUGAAGAAUAAGCAACUUAAAGAAGUCAUUGACAGCAUGAGAAAGAUUAUUUGGGAAAUCAACACAAUGCUAGCUAUGAGAAGAUCAUAGAAUCAUCAAAACUAUCUGAAAGAUAUUUUGGGAAAUUAAUAUUACGCUUUGUACAAGUUUAAAUAAAUUAAGGGUAUCAUGUGAAAUAAUCUGACUUCCAA